AUGUGCCGGCCGCAGUCGUGGAGUCAAAUGCUCCUGCCAGUAUUCUUCUCCCUCUUUCUCGUCCAACUGUUUAUCAUCUUCUCAGAGAAUAGUUUUUCCCAGGUCUCCAGACACAAGAACAAGCACAGACCAAAAUCUAUGGAUGAUGCAUAUACUGUAUGGAAAAAGUGUCAAUUGUGCACAGAAAAUAGUAAAUGUUUUUGGUGCAGUGAAGAAAGGGCUUGCAGAAAAAUUUGUUUUCCAUAUUUCGGGUGUCAUUUCAGUUCUAUAUUUUGGUUGAACUGUCACAUUGACAUGUUUGGAUUCCUGAUGCUUCUACUCAUUGCAAUAUUGAUUAUAGUGUUCAUUUGUCAAUGCUUUAUCUAUCAAUAUUACCUGCAGACAACUCAAGUCUAUAUUGCUGGAAGACCACACACAAUUUACAUUCCUCAUGGGACUGCUCCUGGCAAGUAUUAUAAUUUGUUUGAUGAGGUGCCCCAGAGUCUUUCAGUAACUCACAGCUGGAAGUCUUCCUCUUACUUAUCCCAGGCAUCAGAAUUAAAGUAUGAGUAG